GUGUUUCAAAACAAAGAUGACUCAAAAAAAGUCUGCAAUAAUUACAGGGUGGCUGUAUACAGCUUCCUGCACUUGGCUCCAGUAGAGCUGAAACGAGGUGGAGCUACAACAAGACAGGAAAACAACAAGACUUCAACAUCCGACUCCUGAAAGAAAACUAAAAGUUAGUAAAAUCGACAGGAGAACUGUAGUUGAGACACGUCUUGCUGUUUGUCUUUGAAGAUAGAAUAUAGGGAACUAAGCUCCCAGAGUCUCUGCACACUGAUAUGGCUGCUGCCAGCAGUUCACUGUCUAAAAAUCGGUUUCUGUGCUCCAUCUGUCUGGAUGUGUUCACUGAUCCAGUCAGCACACCAUGUGGACACAACUUCUGCAAGAACUGCAUCACUGAACACUGGAAUAUUAAUGUCCCCUAUCAGUGUCCCAACUGUAAUAAGGUUUUCGACACAAGACCUGAGCUGCAGGUCAAUACUUUUGUCUCUGAGAUGGUUUCUCACUUCAGACAGUCAGCUCAACAGAGAUCCAGCAGCUCAGAGCAACAAGCUGCUAAACCAGGAGACGUUCCAUGUGAAAUCUGCACUGGACCCAGACUGAAGGCCCUGAAGUCCUGCCUGGUGUGUCUGGUCUCCUACUGUGAGACUCACCUGGAGCCUCAUCUGACAGCAUCAGGCCUGAAAAGACAUCAGCUGAUCGACCCUGUGGAGAACCUGGAAGGCAGGAUGUGUAUGAAGCACGAUAAACCUCUGGAGCUGUUCUGUAAGACCGACCAGAGGUGUGUCUGCAUGCUCUGCACAGUUUUGGAUCACAAGUCACAUGAUGUUGUUCCUCUGAAAGAAGAAUAUGAAAUAAAAAAGUGCAAGCUUGGAAAGACAGAGGCUGAAAUUCAGCAGAUGAUCAAGGAGAGACAACUCAAGAUUCAAGGGUUCCAACAGUUAGUCAGCAUCAGCAGGAAAAAUGCAGAUAGAGAGAUAGCAAACAGCAAUCAUGUCUUCACCGAGCUGAAGGAGGCUAUUGAGAGACACCAGGCCAAACUUAUUAAGAUGGCUGAAGAAAAGCACAGAAUGACAGAGAAACAGGCUGAAGGCUUCAUCAAAGAGCUGGAACAGGAAAUCUCUGAGCUGAAGAAGAGAAGUGAUGAGCUGGAGCAGCUCUCACACUCAGAAGACCACCUUAACCUCGUCCAGAAGUUUCCAUCCCUGGAUGCUGCUCCACCCACCAAGAACUGGACACAGGUCAAAGUCUGUCCCCCUUCAUAUGAGGGGACUGUGGGGACAGCUGUUGAUCAGUUGGUGGAGUUGCUGAAAAAUGAGAUGAAGAAGCUUCUCACAAAGUUUGAGUUAAAGACGGUCCAGCAGUCUGCAGUGGACGUCACACUUGAUCCUGAUACAGCACAUCCCCAACUCAUCCUGUCUGAAGAUGGGAAACAAGUACAUGAUGGUACUGUGUGGAAAGAUCUCCCAGAAAACCCAAAGAGAUUUUCUCAUGGGCUCUGUGUCUUAGGGAAGCAGUUUGUUUCUUCAGGAAACUUUUACUUUGAGGUUCAGGUGAAAGGGAAAACUAAAUGGGCUUUAGGAGUUGCCAGAGAGUCAGUCAACAGAAAGGGGUUAUUUAGUGUUAGCCUGAAGAAUGGUUACUGGACCAUACGUUUGAAUAAUGAAAAUAUCUACUAUGCUCCCACUGAGUCUUUGGUCCUUCUGUCUCAGAAGUCGAAGCCUGAGAAGGUGGGGGUGUUUGUAGAUUAUGACGAGGGUCUGGUCUCCUUUUAUGAUGUUGAUGCUGCAGCUCUCAUCUACACCUAUACUAGCUGCUCCUUCACUGAAAAACUCCACCCAGUCUUCUCUCCCUUUGCAAAUCAGGAUGGUAAAAACUCUGCCCCUCUGAUCAUCUGUCCUGUCAACCCUACUUAGUGGAAUGACAUGUCAUUUUCAGCAAAAAGACUCACUUUAACAUAUCUUUGAGAUGAGGUGAGGUAAAGUAAGGUAGAGUAAGGUAAGAUAGAAUUUUAUUAUUACUGAAGAAAAUUUUUGCAAUGUCUGCUUCUCAACGUAACAAAUCCCAUAAUUGAGUAGUAAUGUACAGUAGAGUUGGGCGGUAUCCAAAUGUUGUUACCGUUAAACCUUCCCCGCAUUCUCCCGGGGUAUACCGUAUUACCAUGACUAAUUAAAAAUCACUUUGAAGGACUCAGAGGGAGUCGCUAAAAUGUCGGCUUGCACCAGUACCGUUCAGAAACACUAAAGCAAACAUUACAUAGGCCUAAGAAUACUGACAAAUAACAACAAAGCAUGUACAACAUUAACAACUUUUAUUAAGAAAUAUUUAAAAACAGUGCAAAUGCAGCAGUCAACCAAACAGAAUGAAAUAACAACAAAUUGUCUGUGGGCUACAGUCCACUUUCAGUACAGUAAUCGACACAAAUCAUUAAAUUAAAACACAGCCCUAUAGCAUUCAAUACUUACAGGCUUAUCAAAUAAUAAAAAAGUAACAAUAAAUAACAAAGGCAGUAAUGAAAAUGUGUGCUAUACAGUGUACCCUGGUCCUGGUAAAUCCUUGGUUUAUUUUUAGAGCCUACCUUUAGUUUGAAAAGUUCACCCUCUCCAAGCCCAAACGUUGCUGUCCGUCAGAACAUGAGGCUACUCCUCAUUGAAAAUGACAUAAAAACAAAGUAUAAUGAUGACUGUGGCAGCAUCAUAUGCUUCAAAACUAAACCAGCAUGUUUACUUUUUCCGGGUUUCGCUUCUCCCUCCUCCACUCUGAUGGACACUUGACCUGCUGCUGCUGCUGCUGCUGCUGCUUGCAGAAGUUGUUUGUUUGGUUGGUUUUUUUUGGGAACCAACUCGCUUGAUGUGCGUGCGGCUUGCCAUCUUUUCUUCUCUUUCUCACGUCUGAGCUGUCACAUGACGAUGUCACAUCCAAAAACUUCAAAUGUCAUCUCCCGACAACAGUUAAGGGCGGUUGUAAGAGAAACAUUAUAGACUAAUAUUAGUUUUAAAUUGUAAGAGUAUUAAAUUGAAAACUCAACCACACAGACAUAGGUGCUGGACAAGCCCUCAUUAUCAGAUUUUUUUUUAAUGAUGGUAAUUAAACUGAUACGGUGGGAUAGCUUAUUACCGUAUUAUCGCCCAACCCUAAUGUACAGUGUUUGUUGACAACCCCACAUAGUAGAAUAACCAUUUGAUUCUCUUGAAAAGUAAAAUUCAUGUAGCAAAUCUCCAUAGUUGAUGGUGAUGUACAGUAUGUGCUUGUUUUCUUCAGAUCGUAAUUAUUUGCAAUGAUUUUUGCCUUUUUUUUUUUUUUUUAAAUUACACAUCCCAUUGUUGCUUUCUACUGCAACACAGUGAUUUAAUAAAUAAUUUAACUUCUGUGGUAUAAUAAUGAAUCUAAGUGGUAUACAUGUCUUUAGAGUCACAGGCCCAGCUUGGGGAUUUUUUAUUUAGCCCAGUUACCUUGUGUUAUUUUCCAUAAAUUUUAUGUAGAUUGAUGUCUAUUUUUGUGUAACUGCCUGCUGGCUCAAACAUCAUUUCUUGUGAUUUUAUAAAAAUGAUUAAAAUUCAAAUUAAAUAGCAGGUGAAUUUGAUGCCUGUAUGUGUUCCUGAAGUUAAUUUUAACAUUAUUUUUCAUUUAGAAAAGACAGAUAAUGAGAUGAUGAACUUUUUUGAAGUUUUCCUGGUACAGGGAGAAAAAGGGUAACACCCACAUACUAAUUUGUAUGUAUUUUUGAUUUUAAAAAACAUUUUCAGAGCGGUGUUUUAGAGCCAGUUUAACAAGUAUUUAGGAUUUCUCCUGUUUUUCCUUUAAAUUAGUCCAAUAUGUUAUUGAACACAGGUGGUGUAGACUCAUAUAUGGGAUAAUUGCUUUGGUAUAAUGUUUUAUAUAUUAAGAUAUGUGUGUUUGAUAUUUUCUGGUACGUCUUUGUACUGUUAUUUUUUCUAUGUACUUUAUUGAAUUGUUGCUUGUGCUGAUGGUUAACCACGCCUGUCAUCAUAGAGCUCAAAGAUUUUGAAGAAUGAAAAAUGAAGAUCUAAGUAGAAUUGAAAUGUUGUCUUGAUUAAAUUUUUUUUAGCAUGGAGUAGAUGUGCUGGCAUUACCUUUUUCUUUAUGUGUGCUGUUUUUUGACAAGAUAAUACUUUAUUAAUCCCACACAGGGGAAAUUCACAUUACAACAGCUUAAGAGUCAGAAGCACAAGAAAAGAAAAAGUUUUUAAAAACGUGAUUGAGUGCUAAAAAAAGAUACAAAUAUUACAACAGUACAAAUAAAAUAAAACAAUAUAAAAUAUACACUAUAUACACCUUUCACUUAUACAGAUACUGUAUGUGUAUGAUUGAUAGUUGCACAGGAUAACUGAAAUACAAUCAUGGUGUGUAGUUUAUUUACUGUAAAUAUAUAGAAAUACAGCCUGUAAAUAUUAAUGGCCAGAAAGUAGUAAAACAUUAUCACAGUAGGAAACUGCACAGGUAUGUUAUACAGUAUAGCUAUAAGGAUAUGGUUACAUACAUGUAGAUGUGAAUAUGUAUGAUUAUG